GUGUCGUUGGCCAUGUCUCGGCCACAGAUUGGUAUAGACCGUCUACCGGUGCGGCGGGCCAGCAAUGAACCCAAGGAAGCCAUGAACUGCAAGAGUUGUCGCAAGAGAAAGAUCAAGUGCAAUCGGCUGCGACCGUCUUGUGAAGCCUGCCAAGUCUUUAAUUGCGACUGCGUCUAUGACGCGGUUCCCAAGAAGAGAGGUCCCAAGACCGACGUGCUCGAAGCCUUGUUGAAACGCGUCAAUGGAUUGGAAAAGAGGUUGAAAGACGAAGGGAAAGACCCAGAUGAAGGCACACCAGAAGCGAUAGUCGCAGAAAGCGUCAGGGAUGCAGCGGACAAGAAGCCAACGAAGAAAGCCCCUUCUCCACCAGAUGCUCUUGCCCCGCGACCUGUCGAAGCACCGCAAAUACAGCAACAACGACCGCAACCGCCACAGCGCCAUCCAAGCAUAGGCUUCCCAGACCAAUUCAACAACACUUUACUCGAUGCAUAUUUUACACGAAUACACAGCAAGCCAUAUUACAUUCUCGAUGAAGCUGCGACCCGCCAGAGAUGGCAGACUGGACAGUUGCCUCCGACCGUCAUCAAUGCCAUCCACGCCGUUACUGCUCGAUUUGCACCGCAACAUCUUGGUGGUCACAAUGCUGCAGUCCGUCACAGCGAAGAAUGUGCAGUGCGGGCACGGAAUUUGUUAGACAUCGAUGACCCUACCAUUGAGAAUGUACAAGUUCUGCUAUUGCUUUCAAACGCCUUCUUCCAGGCCGGCAAGGGCAAAAAGUCAUACAUGCUUCUUACCAGUGCCAUAAGUAUGGCAUACGCACUCAACUUGCACCGAGAGUUACCUGCUGGUCUUCGCAUUUCGCCGAACGAACGAGAGGGCCGUCGCAAACUAUUCUGGACAUGCUACAUCAUGGACCGCUUCCUUGCCUCCGGAUCCAAGCGACCGUCUCUAAUCGCCGACGAAGCUAUCUUCUUGCGGCUGCCUGGCUGGCAAUCUGAUUCUACCUCCAUACCAUACGAAGGCAAUUUCUUCUCUAACGGAAUCAACCUACCCAUGUCUGCAGGACCGGGAAGACUGCAUCAAAGCGGAGGAUCCAUGUUGAUCGAGAUCUCGCGGAUACUGGGCAUCACAAAUCGCUAUCUGGCCGCAGGCGGCGUGAAAGGCGACUCACACUUCCCCUGGCAUGCCCAGUCAAAUUUGUCCAAGAUCCGACAAGACCUCGACACUUGGGCUUCGGGAGCACAAGACGCGUUUAUGUCGAUUGAAGCAUUGUUCGGACAGACUGAGAGCCAAACACUGGUCUUGAGUAAGCUGGUAUACCAUCUCAUUCAUUGUUUGAUUUACCGACCUUUCUUACCUAUCGACUUGACCGAGCUCUCUGGCACCGGACAACAUCAAUCUUGGCAGAUUGAAGCGACAAACCUCUGCUUCUUGCACGCGAACGCCAUCUCAGAGCUGACUGAGAUUGGCAAGCAUUCGUCCAUAACUGACUGGCCAGCUUAUGUCGGAUACUGUCUCUGCACUGCCGGUACCAUUCAUGUCCAUGGCGCACAUUAUCCCAGCCGAGAAGGGGAUGUCUUCACCCGAAGUGCCGAAUUCCUGUCGAAAGAGAUGUCCCAGCUGUCGGAUAUGCGCAUCAUCUGGGCUGGAGUGCAACAUCAGAGAGAAACUCUGCAGACAGUUUACGGAUGCCAUUCUCAGCUUGUGAAGUCGCUAGCAAGCAAUCCCAUGCGAUUCUCACCCGUUUUCCAGAUGGAGGACUUCUUCGAUCGAUACCCUGGACAAUGCAUUGACGGGGCACACACAACCUUCACCGAUGUUACUGUGGAAGCACUGCAUGAGAGCCUACCAGCCUACAAUGGGUUCAACAACAGCAACAACAACAACAGCAACAACAACAGCAAUGGCUGGCAGUGGACAUCACAGCCUCAAAACGGACCUUCCAUUUCUUCUUCCACCACGGCAACGAGCAAAUCGUCCGCUAAUUUAAACAAUGAUCUUCAUGUCUCUACAGCGAGUCGCAAGCGCCGCCGCACAAACGAUGCCAAGAGCCCUCCAGACCUACCAGCUGUGAUUCACGACCCAGCCCUCAACCCUCUAUCUCCAGAGUUUACAAACCCCUUGACUUCACCAAUCGCCACUGCUCUCCCACCUCACACCACAGCGGCAGAAGAAAACCAGACAUUUACUCAGAAUCCGCUUUCGCCAUCGUUCUCCUUCUCACCCUGGCAAUCACAUCUUUCCCUUCCAAUGGAUCCAGAUCUUAGAUAUCCAGCGCAGUUCGACAAUUUGUUCAGUAUUCCGGGACAGAAUACGCACUCCAAUGCUAUGUUCGACCAGCAGACACCAGGAGGGCUUUCUGCGAAUGGCAGUGUGAAUACAGAAGGAGACAAAGAUCCGUUCAUGAGUCUGUUAGAGCAGUUGGCUGAGAAUGAACAGACUGGUCAUGGGGGUCCGAGCGAUCUGGACUUUUUCUUGUCUUCGAAUGGCGGACCGGGAUGA